CUUGUUAAGUCGCACGCGUAUAAAGUGAAUUCAGUUUCUAUGGUGUAGAGUAGCGCGUUUUUCAGAUCCUUAUGUCGUCGGCACAUAAUAGGCAACAUAAGGGAUAGAAACAUUUUGUUAUACUUUAAAAAGGAAAUAAUACUAUAUAAUAUAUAUUAAUAAUAGCUAGAAAUGUCUAAAGAAAAUUCUCCAUACAUCCAAGUUGAAAGAACUCUUGUCAUUAUCAAACCUGAUAUUAUUCAUCAUGUAAAUCAAAUUGAAGAAUUUAUUCUACAAAAAGGAUUUUUUAUUAUACAGAAACGACGUGUUCAUUUAACACCAGAACAAGCUAGUGAAUUUUAUGCUGAACACUAUGGAAAAAUGUUUUAUCCAACAUUAAUUGCUUAUAUAAGCAGCGGGCCAAUACAAGUGUUAGUCAUAGCUAAAGAAAAUGCCAUAUCAUUUUGGCGUGAAUUAAUCGGUCCACAGAACGCAUUGAAAGCUAAGGCUGUCGCACCUGAAAGUUUAAGAGCGAUUUAUGGCACAGAUGACCAACAAAAUGGAAUACACGGAAGUGAUUCAUUUACAAGUGCUGAAAGAGAAAUACGAUUCUUCUUUCCAGACACGGUUGUUGAACCAAUCCCUGUACGACUCGCAGCUAAAGAUUAUCUAGCCAGAAAUGUAAAUCCAACAUUACUCAGAGGUUUAACCGAAUUGUGUAAACAAAAACCAAAAGACCCAGUGUUGUGGUUAGCCGACUGGUUAUUGGAAAAUAAUCCAAACAAACCACGUCUAAGCGAUAAAUCUACAGUUUAUCAACAUUUGUAACCAAUACAUUCAAUGUUGGAAGUUGUCAUUACGAAAAAAGAGUUCUUCUACGGACCAAUCACUAGUUUCAAAGAAUGUGUCAAUAAACACUGCAAUUUAAUGUUCUUUAUUCUUAUUUACCUAAG